UGAAAUACGACAAUAAAAUUUGCUUUCUAUAGCUCUUAGUUACCUCAGGAGAUCAUAUUCUUUUACUUUGUAUUUCUCAGAAAAGCUUUCGUUAUAUAAAGGUGUGAGACUCGGGGAAGAUUGUCAAACGAUCAUCUUUGGAUCGCGAGCUGCUGUCUGAAUUUUAUCGUUUACGAAGAGACGAAAAAGCGUUUCCAGCCAUGACCAUCAAAUAUCUUCUGUUUGUGAUCAGUUGUCUUGGCGUUGCCAGACAUGCCUAUGCCGUAGAUUUGACACUAAAAUCUGGUGAAACCAGCAAUGCUGCCAUCGAUGCAACCAUAAAGAAAAUCCGAGACAAUUGUAUUCUGGCACAAGAUUAUUUUUUCCUGAAACGGUUGUCAGUGGCCCAGAUGAAUUCUAUCGCAGCAACAACUGGUGGAAUAUGGAGGGUAACCAACACCGAAUUGACAAAAGUCCAAGAUGCUUGCAAUAGUAAACUGAAAACGAAUUGCAGUCAAGUGAAAACCGUUUUCAACGUUGAUGUAUCGACCCUAACAAUGUCCGACCUACAAAAACCCCUAUAUUCUGGAUUGGUAAUGAGCCUGCUUAUCUUAAACUCUAUGUUGCCGGUUCCGCUUCAAAAGGCAAAGCAAGCUCAAUCGUGGAAGACUCAUAUAAAUUCGAACGGCGACACCACUGAUUUUGUGACCUGGUCAAAUGAAUUAGAACAGUUAGACGAUUGUGCCGGUGCCCAGAUGGACUUACUUUUUCUUAUUGACUCGUCAGGAAGCGUUGGAAAAGACAACUUUAUAAAGACAUUAGCAUUCUUGAAUAAUAUUGUGUCUACUCUAGACAUUGGCGAAGAGGAGACACGCGUAGCAGUGAUUAGAUUUUCAGAUUUCUCUAUAGUAUCUUUUAACUUAGGGAAAUACAGUACGAAAACUGCAGUAACAAGUGCAAUUAACGCUAUAUAUUACGACGGUGGUUUAACUUAUACGGACUUGGCUCUUGACUUAGCACGUACCGAUAUCUUUGCAACUACAACAAGAAAAUCUAUUGCUGCAAAAGUUUUAGUUUUGCUCACGGAUGGACGGUCAAGAAGUGAAGCGAAAACAGUAGCAGCAGCUAAAAAGCUGAAAGAUAUGGGCGUCACUAUAUUUACAAUUGGAGUUGUCAAUCCAAGAAAGUCUGAGUUAAUGGCAUCAGCAAGUGAACCUAAUUGUACACAUUUCAUCGACUUGAAAAGUUAUGAUGAUAUUGAUUUUAUUGUGAAAGAAAUUAAAACUGAAACUUGUAAAGCUGUCUUAAUUGCGGAGAACGGUGUAGACCUCUCAAACAACCCCAUUCCAAAAACUAACAAGCCAAAAGAACAAGUUGUGGAUGUCACCAAAACUAUCCAGUCCAACUCGGGUACAAUAAUCACGGUGAGUGUCCAGUGUGGUGAGGUCACUGUGUAUGGUGCGUAUAACAACAGUCAGCCAAGUUUGGCCAGUUACGACUACAUGACCAAUGCAACUGACACGAAUCCGGGUAAAUUAUACAUAGUUAAACCAACAUAUCCCUCUACGUUCCACCUGACGAUAAUUUCCAGGAGACGAAUUGAUCCCCGUAUCUCGACUUGUCACAAUCCUCAAUACAACGUCAGUUUCGAAGCAACAGAUGCCUCUAUAAAAGUGAAAUGCGCUCAAAAUAACAAAGAAGUAUUAUGUAGCUCCGAUGAUCUGAAAGACGUACUCGGAAAAAAUAUUCAAUAUCCGUGCACAAGUGAAACUCGCCAAAAGGGACAAUUUUUUUUCCCCUACCCUAAUCAAGCUGGAAAGUACUUUGCAUGCGAUUCGACAGGGAAGCUGACCAUCGUCUUGUGUGUUGGAAAGGAAAUUUUUAUUGCACCGCUGAAGACAUGUAAACCCGUUCAAGGCAUCGCUUUGCCUCCUAAACCCUGCAUCUAUAACCAAACGCCAUUUUAUUUUCCUCAUCCAGAAACCCUUUCAAAAUUCAUACAAUGUAGUCAAUGGGGUCAGAUGUUUGAAAUGCCUUGUCCCCCAGGGCUAAGCUGGAAUCCAAGUAUUAUGACUUGCGUGACACUUGAUCCGAGCGUUAGUGUGUGUGGAGCUAACACUAACGGCCAGUUUCAACCUCACCCACUUAAUAGUACCUAUUUUAUAGUGUGUGGUGCAGGCACAGAUUAUCGACUAAGGAUGUGUGAAAACUGCCAAACCUGGGAUCAAACCAAGAUACAGUGUGUUACUUAAUGAAAACUGGAAUGCUUCAAAUUGUUUUUAAUGGAAAUUUAAUUUGAUUUUAAUGAUUUUAAUGUGAUUUUAAUGUGAUUUUAAUGACUAAUCGAUUUGCUUCAGUCUCUUCUCGUUUUUGAAUUGCCAUUUCUGUAAUCCGAAGACUUGCACGAAUUUGUGUAUUUAGAUGAUUGAAGUAACACAGACACACAGACACACACACA